GGCGGAAGAGCGCUUCUGCUUGACCAAUCAUCUUCGUGUGUUUCCUGUGUCCGUUGGAGAAGCAGCUGGAAGUGAGAAGAGUGGCUACAAACAUUUUAAGUUCUUACUUGGACCAAACUGAGACACUGCAAUGCAGAGGAGAGAAAUGGAGGACCCAAUUGCUGACAGCAGUGCAGAUGAUACUGAGGAGAGCACAGCAGCCUCUGAAAUGACCAACAGCCCUAAAGAACCAGAAUCACAGCCGGACGGCACACCAAACCUUAACCCCCAAACGGAUGAAGGCUUAGCAGAGGCUGGAGCUGUUUCUUCUUCCUGUGACAUGGCUGAGGAACUGUGCAGACAGCUGGAGGACAUCCUUAGCACAUACUGCCAUGGAGACGGAGGUGCUGGGACCAAUGACCAGCCUGACGGCAUGGAAGUUAACGGUCUGUCCGAGAAGGAGGACGGCAAGCAGGAGGAGGCCAAACUGAAUGGUAACGGAUGCAUGGAAAAGGACCAGAAGAAACUACAGGAGAAGAAGAAAGUAAAGGGACUGGGCAAGGAGAUAACCCUCCUUAUGCAGACCUUAAACACACUGAGCACUCCAGAGGAGAAACUGGCUGGCCUUUGUAAGAAGUAUGCUGAGCUGGUAGAGGAGCAUCGUAAUGCUCAGAAACAGAUGCGAGCUCUGCAGAAAAAGCAGACACAGCUGAUCCAGGAGAAAGAUCACUUGCGAAAUGAACACAGCAAGGCCAUCCUGGCCCGCAGCAAGCUGGAGAGCCUCUGCAGAGAACUGCAGAGACACAACCGCACGCUUAAGGAGGAUGGUGUGCAACGGGCCCGAUUAGAAGAAGAGAAAAGAAAGGAAGUGACCUCACACUUCCAGGUAACGCUGAAUGACAUCCAGGCUCAGAUGGAGCAGCACAAUGAGCGUAAUGCAAACCUGAGACAGGAGAACAUGGAGCUGACUGACAAACUCAAGAAGCUUAUCGAGCAGUAUGAGCUCAGAGAGGAGGUGGGAAUACAGAGAAUGAGGGGAAGGUAUAUGAGUGGGAGCUGUAGGACUGACGGUGAUCCAAACUUGUGUUUUCUCUUGCAGCAUAUUGACAAGGUGUUUAAGCACAAAGACCUGCAACAGCAGCUGGUAGAUGCAAAGCUUCACCAGGCACAGGCGCUGCUCAAAGACUCGGAGGACCGUCACCAAAAGGAGAAAGAGUUUCUCUUGAAAGAGGCAGCGGAGUCUCAGAGGAUGUAUGAACUUAUGAAACAGCAGGAAGUUCAUCUGAAACAACAGUUGUCAUUGUAUACAGAGAAGUUUGAGGAGUUUCAAAACACACUUUCCAAAAGCAAUGAGGUGUUCACAACAUUCAAACAGGAGAUGGAAAAGAUGACAAAGAAGAUCAAGAAGCUGGAGAAGGAAACAACCAUGUACAGAUCACGUUGGGAGAGCAGCAACAAAGCCCUGCUGGAGAUGGCAGAAGAGAAAACCCUACGAGACAAGGAUUUUGAAAGUCUGCAGGUGAAGGUGCAGCGACUGGAAAAGCUCUGUCGGGCUUUACAAAUAGAGCGUAAUGAGCUGAGUAAGAAGGUUCAGGGGAUCUCUAGCCCUGAGGGGCCAACAGGCACAGAGAACAGACCAGAAACAGAGGCGGGGUCACCGCAAGAGGCCAUAGACUCAGAGGAGGGCAGCCCUGUCCAUCAGAACAGCCCAGAGCCAGAGACUUGUAGCCAGGCAUGCCACUGUGCUCCAGACCUGGAGGCUGACACUCACAGAGAGGUUUGCUCAGCCCAGGAUUGAGUCUUGAUCUAUUUGGGUGGCCAGGACACACACAAUCCUUCCCACCUCCUCAAACAGACCCCCGACCCUCCAUCAUCAGUCAGUCUGAUUCCAUUGCGGGAAUGCUGAUUUGUCUGCUCUGGAGGGUUUACAUUUUGUCAGGGAAGAUUGUGCCUUCAACAUGAUUCCUAUGCUGCGUUUUUACUCUUUUGGUUUUUAUGUGGCUUUCUUUGUUAUCCCAUUCCCCCCCUCCCCCCAAAAAAUCUUGAAUUCCAUAUUUGUGUUAAGAGGGGCAGGGAAUGCUGCUGCUGUCUUGGAAUGCUCUGUGUUUGUCCAUUAAAUGCUUGUCUAGGUAUGAUUGUUAAUCUUUUUUUCCGUUUGGCUGAAAAAGACUAACAGAAGGAAUUAUAAAAGUAAAAACGUUAUGGUCUUUGCAAUUAAAGGGCAGAUGUCCUCUUACAUGCUUUUUAAGGUGUUUUAUAUUUCAUUUCUCGCCUUAAGUAAUUCUUUCAGGUAAAAUCUGUAUUUA